CUAUAUAAUUUUGUAACAGAACCCAGCUCUCUCCCGGUCUCGGAAUUUGUUUCCCUCUCUCUCUCAGGCGCUCAAAAAAUUCGCAGAAAAAUUCCUCUCCCGCCGAAUUUCUCUCUCUCUCUCUCUCAUGCCAUCCCAAUUAUCUUCGCUAUAUGCGUCGCUCUCUCGUCGUCGGCAAGCUGCUGAGAGUUCACCGUCUUGAUGGGUAUCUGAUAAUCUCCAUCUUAUCCUCGUUUCAGAACUGAUUCUUUUGAUCUUGAUCUUCCCGUUUGUGCAAUCUUAUGGCUUAUUGUGACGCUCCCUCCUUCUCUCUCGGCCUCGAUUUGGAUUUUGAUUCGGAGCCCCAGAUUCCUAUACCGGAUUGUACCGCUCGGAAGCCUGCUUCUGACUGUUCUGUGGGAGCCAGUGCUUCAUCCAAAGAGGACGAUUGUGGGGAGGUGGGAACAGGGGUUGUGGGUUGCACUGCGGAAAUUGAAAACGAACCACCUAGAAAAUUUAAGCGACUGAAGCGUGGACCAUCUGGAGGUUCUUCGUUGGCCAUGAAAAACGAAUCACUGCCUUCAUUAUCUGUAGUCGAUGAGGACAUUGAAGAAUUUUCAUCACAAGAAGACUUUCCCAGAGCAGAUCACCAUCCAUCAUCACUUUUGCAAUGUGUAUGCAGUACUUCAAAGGUACCUUUACAUGGGAUCUUAACUGCUCCCUCUUCCAGCCAGCUAAAGGCAAAGAAAAUCAAAGAGACUGUAGAUGCACCAACUUCUGCUGGUUUGGAAAAGCAGAAUAAGUCAAUGUUUUCUAAUUUAACUAUCAGUCCUCUUCGAAAGUUUCAGUUACUUGAUUCCGAUUCAGAUGAUCCUUCUAGCUGUGACAAUAAAAGCAGGAAAAGCCACAAAGCUGCAUCAUCUUUAGACAAGCAAAAGUCUAUAUUUUGUCACUCUGCAACAGCGCACUACAAAAAGAUGCGUUUGACAGCCUGUGUUACUCAAAAGGAGGAUCUAUGGAAAGAUUUUUGUCAAACUAAAAGCUCUCAUUUGCCAACUCCAGCCUUUGAUGAAGUCUGUGAAGAAUUUUUCCAGUUAAAGAAAGAUAAUAAAGCAGCUACUGAAUUAGGAAGUAGUGCUCGUAUAAAUUGUAUGGAUAAUCAAACUAAUAAUAGCAGCUGCCCAAAUGAACUGAUGGAUAAGCUCAGUUGCCCUGCUCAUUACUAUUUCUUUCAUGAUGAUCCAAGGAUUCAGAAAUUAGUUCGUAACCGCUUACCAAACUUUUUCCCAUUGGGAGUUGAUGGCAGCAGAGCAUCAGUGAUUGAUUAUAUGAGACAAUUUAACAAUGGAGAGGCUUCUACCUGCCGACCUUCACAGGUUAACGUGGAGAAAAGUUCAAAAAGAUCAACAGAUGUAUCAAAAGGGUCUAAGAACAUAGCUUCCAAAUCUCGGGUUAAUAAGAAAGUUCUUUCGCCAUUAAGCAGUAAAAAGGCACCUAAAAGGGUAUCAACUCAAAAAAAUAAUAUCGGUAACAGUUCAAGAAAUGUAAAAGGUAAACAAGGGGCAUCAAACUGUGAAGAACUUUUGAAAGAUUCUGGAAGCUGGAUUGAUCCAAAGAGCUCUUUUAGUCUUCCUAGAGAUGCUGGGAAAAGAAGGGUCCAGGCAGGUGGCCAAUCAUCAACUGGUCACUGGUAUACAUCUCCAGAAGGGAAGAAGGGUUGGAUAAAUGGUGUCUUUACGAUUUCUGCAACGGACGAUUGUAUAUUUCUGCUGCAGAAAUUAAUCUCAAAGUGGUAUACAUCACUAAAAGUGGGGAGGAGUUGACAGGCCGAGCUGCAUAUAGAUUUUACAAAAAGGAUACUGGAGGCUUUAGAAAGUCAAAGAAGAAAGUAGCAAGCAAGAAAAGAAAAGGAUAAAGGACACCAUUCACGAGAGGCAAAGUUACACAAACGAUCCUAGCGUUCGGUUACAAUGUUUUCUCAUUUCGUCCUUUCAAUUACUGUUGGCUGUUUCAUUAACAUCAUUGUUCAUAGUACAGUGUACAUGUAACAACUUUGUCCAAUUUUAGACUAACAAAUCAGCCAAAACAUGGCAGAUUGUUUUCUU